AUGACUGAAGAUGUGGUGGGUGCAGUAGGGGGCACUGAUGAUGUUCAACGAUCAAUUGAACUACUAGAUCGAGUGUUGUCUGAAUUUGAUGACGUGGAAAAUGCUAAUCAAGUCCAAAAUAUUCAAAUUAGUACGUCCACGUCUACACCGCAGCUGCAGCUUCGCAACAACGAACCGACGAAUAUCAACAACAGCAACAACACGUCGACGACGACCGUGGGGAGUGCCACAAGGGUCAAUUCGACGCCCGAGGACGAGAGUCCAUCGCUGGGACACCAAUCAGAGGACGACGGCUACAUGAGCAUGAACGGACGAAAGGCUAAAUUUAAUUUAGGGUUUAAAGCUUUAGCCGAAAUACCGGUGCAUCUGGAAGCAAUACAGGUUCAAAAUGUUGAGAACGAAGACGAUUUUCCUCCUCCUCCAGAGGAAGCUCAAAGACUUAUUGCAACUCUCCUUCCGAAAGUAUCUCCAUCCCAUAGACCUAAGUUGACCAAUAAUAGAAGUAGAGGCUUUCAAAUACCACCUCUACCGUUAAGAAUGGACACGAUCCCUCCGCCUCAAAAGUUUCAGAACAUCACCGAAUACAAUCCGAUCAUCAAUGGUAUCCCGGAUCCCAUACAUACUGCCACCCAAACCACAUUUCCAAAAACUAAACAUCAACGUCCGUAUGGUUGGGAAAAUAACGAUUUUGCUUUGCAACCCCCACCCCCACCUCCAGGGUAUCGCUACGGGAGUUUGCCUUUUCACCAUGGAGUCUAUCCCUUGACUUCUCCAACAAGGAUUCCUCAAAGAAUAUCACCAUCACAGAGACUUUCCAUGGAAAGACGUAGAGAGGCAAAACGAAGCGCUAGUGAAGAUUUAUCCAGCGAUAUGGAAGACAAUGUUUUAAGACCGCUAAGCGAACUAGCUGACGAUGAACACUUCUCGGAUGAUUCCCUGGAAGAAAUUCUGCCUCCACCCCCGCAAACCCCCAAUAAAAGAGCCAGCAUCGCCUGGGAGGUGCCUCUGGAUGAUGAGGAAACACUGCUCAGACCUGGGAGUACUAAAGUUAUAGGCAGACGCAGAAGGAAAUCGGGAUCUUGCUCCAGCACUAGUUCCAUCCCGAACCGCUUGAAGGAGCUGGAUGAUUGGCCAGAUCCGCCUCCAUGCACCACGGAAGACGAGAUAACGUCUCCUUUCUCUGACUCCGAUGAUCACAUCGUUUUACCCGCUGAGUUGGGCACUUCUAACUUGAGUGGUAAUAGUACUUACGUGGUCAGAAAGGGUAAAAAUAAUCGUCGAUCUUUGGCUACCAUGGGAGGUUCCGCCACUUCGAACUCUUCUAUUAAUUCUAGAUUGAGUUCGGAGUUCAGCAUACCAGCCUCGAGAUACAGUACCGAUCUAAACUCUAGAUUGAGUAGGGAGUUAAACACUCCCAACUCGAGGUACAGCGUGGAUAUGGGUACUCAUUCAAGGUUGAGUCAAGAGUUGAACUCGCCGAAAUCCAGAUUCAGUCUGGACUUAAACAACCAACGCCAUAGUCAAGAGUUGAGCAGCUCCCCUUCAAGACAAAGUAUAGACUUUUCGAGCUCCAGAAGCAGUACCCCACACAGCAAGCACGAAAUGAAGAAACACAGUACCACCUUCGACAACAUCAAAUCCCUAAUAAGAGAAGGAAAAAUCGAGUUUACAUCGCCGACUGAUGAGGCUACAAUAGAGCUUUCCCCACAGAUAAAUCCCAUCGUUAGGGUUGUAAGUCUUCCUUCACUUAACGCGGAAGAUUUCAACACCCCUUCCCGUCAACUUGACACCACCGUGGAAGAAGAGGAGGACACGGAAACUUCGCAACAGAGCGCUGAGAUUUCCCCGCUACGUAAAAUCGAGCAGAACAUCACGGAACUCUUGGAAAGAAGAGAUAUCGAGAUCGUUGAAGACGAAAAGCGCAUUUUGAAUGGAGUGGAAAAUUUGACUAAAGAUAGAAAGGGCAAAAGAAAGGCGCCAAAUAAACCCGUUAGGGAGUCCAAACACAGAAAUGAGUUGCAGAAAAGUAGUAGUCACAAUGAGAUACAGAAAUCCGAGGAGUACUAUAGACAGUUGCUUAUUGAAGGCAGCAAAGACUACCUACCGAAGCGCAACGGGAUACAGAAGUCUGAGAGCGCCAAGGAGAUGUUGAUCGCUCAUAGAGACAAUCGUCCGCUGACCACUUCGACGUCGGCCGAUUUUCCGGUGAGAGUGGAAAUUUUGCAGCACGAGUUCCCGCCUCUGCCUCCUUCGCCAGUCGAAGAGGACGAUGACGAGUAUUCGGAAAUACUCGCGCCCGGUCAAAAGAUCCAUACGGAAAGUUUGCCGAAAAAUCACGAACCACCGACAGUUCCUCCGCAUAGAGAGCCGAGCUCCAACAGCCUGAAGACGCGUUCGAUGGACGUAAACUACAAUCGCGGUAGGCGCACCUACUACAACAGCUCCAAUCGGAACGUGGCGAAUGAGAGGCGGACGCUGCCGAGCGAACCGCUCGACAAACGUCGGCCCUACCAGAAGAGGGCGUCGCAUUCGCCCCAGGAGGAGCUGCAUCUGCAGACUUCGUGCAGCUUGCCCGAAACCCCAAUUUUUGCCAGAGGUUGUGACAUUCCUAGAACUCCGCACCGACGUGCCCCAGAAAUACCGGGAAGUCAAACGGCCCCAAGACAAAGUAACACCAUGGGCAGUUUAAACACAAUUGGAAAUUUGUCGACUGGCGGUUACAGGAGAGGAAAGUCCAACUCUGGAUUGGAACAAGCGAUUGUCGGAGCUGAACUACUGAGACUUGCUGGUGGACCGGGUAGGGGUUGGUACCCGAAACAGAGGACAAGGAGGCCGGUUUCGAUAGAGCAUCUGGACAGAUUGGCUCCCGGUCAGAAUCCUUGGGAGUCCAGCAGGAAACCUUUGACUUUACCGCCGAAUUUAACCCCCAAAUUUUUUCAUCGAUCUCCAAGAGAUGCGCUACGUAGAGUGACUAGCUUGUUGAUCAGAAAAGGAAAUAAUGGUAAAGAAUCUAAAAAGGAAAAAGAUUUGGUGUCACCCACAAUACAUGAAAAUGCGAAUGCAUAUGUCAAAAGUAAUUUUUGCGGAUGCGGAAGUGCUGCGGAAGUGAUAAUAAAAAUAACAUUGUUUACCACGCUUUUUGAUAUAAAAAAUGCAGAUGUGAGAGUGUGCAGAACUUCCGCAGCUGUUAAGCGAAAUAAACAUUGCAAAGUAGGGUCGCAAAAUUUCAACAAACCUGAUACACAUCGGGCUGUAAAUGAACAAUUUUCGCCAUAUAUAAUUACAGGCAUCUAG